ACAUAGGAUACGAGUAACGUGGCUGCUGUAAAACUUGUAGUAAAAAAACGUUACAAAUUGCGAGAGCGAAAGCGCCAUCUGUCGUGGAGUUUUGGGGAAAAAUCAGCUGCGCAACGCGAGGAAUCAUGGGAUACACACCCAAGUGACCUAAACCUGAGACCUAAACAACCAAGAAAUGUUUAAAUUGUGUACUUUUACUGCGCUGUGAAUUUUGCACGGAAAGUAAGUCUCUAUCUGUAAUCUGCUGGCAAAUCUGCUACACCAAGACCGGGGCGAACACCAGGAGUAUAAAGAUCGGCAUAUGUAGUGAUAUUUGUAGCUGUAAUCAGCGCAACAAAAACACCGAGAUCGGUCGCUUUCUUCUGUCUACGUCCAAAACGACAAACUGGAACAUUUACGCUUGAUCAUGUCCUCUGAAGAUUCUGUGAUCGAUUCUACUACGUAUAAAGACUACCAUUGUCGGCACAAAGCAGGAAAUUCGAACAGUAUUGUGUUGCACCCGAGUUCAGUUAUAAAAUUACCUCGAAGUCGACCGAGUUGUCUACCGAACAAAGCAAUAUUUCCGUUUUGAACAAACGAACUAUAUACAUCUCCAUCUGUCCAUCCCAGAUAGCGCCACCAAAGCUACUUUGCAUUCAUCCAUCUAUAAUCUGUAUUAUAUGUAUUAUAUUAUAUAACCUUAGUUGUACAAAGAGCCAAAUAUUAAUUUUCGUACGUCUAGUACUAGUAGUAGUAGUAGUAGUAGUAACAAUUAGUUGUGGGACGUUUCUCGGCAAACUUGUUUGAUCACGAUCACAAGCAACUGCCGCUCGACGUAAAGCAAAUCGAGUUUGCGAUUCUAUUGUGGAUAAAACACGAGUGCGAGAACUUGAUUACACGUAUUUGCGACGGUGGAUCGAAAUCGCAUUCGAGAAUGAAGCUACUGGAAAAUCCUCAGCUUGACGCCCUGAACUCGGCUCUCUGCAUUCAGGAGGAGAACUGCCAAAUUGUUGGGAGGCUGGAAAGCUACUCUUGCAAGAUGGCGGGGACCGACAAGAAGCUGUUCAAAGCGCUGAACCACGAGCCCGGCGUGAGUCCGAGCGACCUGCAAGCGCUGUCGCCGCCUCAGAGCAUGAUGUCUCACAGUCCUGGCGCCUACUACAGCCGCAGCUUCAGCUCUGACAACGAGGAGCAGCCUCCGCUGUGCGACGUCAUCAGCAGAAAGACUCUGUACUAUCUCAUCGCGACGCUGAACGCGUCUUUCCACCCCGACUACGACUUCAGCAACGCUAAGAGCCAUGAAUUCAGCAAGGAACCCAGUUUCCAGUGGGUGAUGAACACAGUCAGCUCUAACCUGUAUGCCGCCGUCGGAGAGACGUACAACACGCUAAAGAUGCAGCUGUGGACGGCAAUGGACGCAGAGAUUGCCGUGUCCGACUGCGACAUAUACAGUUACAACCCGGACUUGGAGUCGGACCCGUACGGUGAGGAGGGCAACAUCUGGUCUUUCAACUACUUCUUCUACAACAAGAAGCUGAAACGCAUCCUGUUCUUCAGCUGCAGAGCGCAGAGCUCGGCGGCCGCAAGCGACUCGGGCGUACAGGACUUGGACGAUGACAACUACGAGGCUUACGACAUGGACGGCUUCGACGAGUAGUCCGUCGCCGUGGAGACGCAGGUCGUGCCGUCGCCGCGGCGACCGAGAGGACGUAUGCCCGCCAGCUUCACCACUCGCUUAUAUACUUGUACAAACUUUCUCACGAGAUCUCAGUGUUGGCGACGGCUUUUUCGGGCGGGGCACGCUCUGCUGUUUAGUACGUUAGGUUUGACAGAUGAAACCACAACACUGCAAACUGUCACGUGAAUAAGUAUGAUUGCCGUGAACUUGGAAAUCGAGUCAUGCUUGUGGAAAUGUAAUCAGUGUUAUUGCCAAUUGAGCCAACGAUUUUCCGUCGAGCACCUCGCAGAAAGUCUUAAUUGCAAGAUCAGUUGUUUUAUUGCCACAAGAGGAAAUGUCUAUUAAUUUUUGCGUUGAUGUAAAGUUCCUUCCCGAUAUACUCUAUGUUUGGUAUCAAUAUUUGCAUUGUGAAUGCGCAAAUGACUGAUACGUAUUGAACCAGGCUCAGAUAAUUGACUAACUCAAAAAGGCACACUUAUAAUUUUGUAAGUGGCGGGAGUGGGUAGUUGUGUCGUACGUUUAAUUCUUCUAUGCGAUAACACCGUGUUAGGAAUUUAAAUGUGAACGUCGCAGCCUUUUGUGGGAAGAACCUUGGGGGGGAAAAUUGACUGCUUUCCUCGUUUUUCUACCAAGAGACUGAAGAAUACAAAGCACUAGUAGCAUGUAUUAUAUCUGAGUGCAGCCCAUACCAAUCAAAUUAAUGUAGGUACAAUCGGUACCCUUGUAUGCCUAGUGCAAGGUAGCACCUGUUACCUGGUGGAUGCAAUAUUGAUUCUGGUUAUGCAGUUAUGACUUUCCAGUACAAGUCGUGGCUUUGUUUUGAAAAGCGAUUCGAGGCAGGAUUGUUUGGGUGUUGUGGAUUCAUUUGUCUCUCGUAGAAACGAGAACAGGAAAUGUAUUUCCUAUUGUGUAUAUGUACCAUAUUAUUGAAGUAUAUAUGAGCCAACUAUGAGAUGAUUUAUCAUUUGAGAAGUUAGCCCUGGGCUGCUAAGUGAGACAGGUGGGCGUAAUAAUAAUACCUUCUGCCUGUCACAGUAGUACACACGUGCUGUACUCAGAAAUUUUCCAGAAUUAGAUUGAGCGUGCAUACUAAACAUGUGCAUGCAUCUUUGAAUGAUAAAUCUAAGGCUAUUUAUACGAAUCUAAAAAAAUGGCAGAUCACCCCCUUUUUUGGCUACUUGCCAAUUUAUGAUGCGAUCACUCGCGUUGGCUUAUAGGUGCUUCAUUUAUACUUGUCUAAGUGUAACUGUAGGGUUUGUAUAUAGUUUACAUAUUAUUAGUAAUAGUAAGUAGGUUGCACUGUAACCAGUCAGCAUUUUAGGAAUGAAGAUAGACUCUAUCAUGUUUGGAAAUUGUUAUAAUCCUCACCCACUUAAUGCCGUAACGAAUGUAAAGUUUUCCACUCUAAUAGAAAUAAGUGUUAAAAUUAGUUGUGUACAUUUUAGUUGUAAAACAAUUCUUUUAAAAUGUUCGCCGUUAUUUUAAUGAUAAAAUUAAUGCCCUAGUUGUUAUUUAUUCAGGGAUCCAUUGUUUUAGAAACUUUGCAAAACCCUGCGGAUUAACUGCUAGACGUGUACACUGAGGUUUUAGUGAGUUUAUUUAGACAUGAUUAAUUGUUAAACACAUCAGAGGUGUCACAGUUCAAGUUAGCAUUCAUUUAUUUGUGCACAGAUAUAUAUUGCUAUCCACAUGGAUAAUAAUUAAUAUGAAUGUAUAGUAUAGCACACACAUAUAUACACACGUAUAUACACGUUGUCAGAUAAGGCGCGUUUGUGGCAUUAUGGUCCCUAUAUGAUGGCAUCCCAUGGAUCAACGUACCUUUAAAAAACACGCAGAUACUCAAUCGUAAUCAGAACUAUUUCUGACAACCUUUCUAAGAACGUUCUAGUGAAACGACGGGAGGGUCGGAUCCAGAGAAGCAAACUUAAGUAUUCAGCACCUCCCCCUGGAUUUGCAGACCUGAUUUAUCCAGGGUGGGAGUGUACGCACUUCAAAAUGGAAUAUAUAUAUAUAUAUAUUUAGUGAGAAUGCACUACAUUGCAACCUUAUUUACCUAAAGACAUUGAACGCCUCACCCACUCCACAUCAUCUGGAUCUCUCUCUUCCAGAAUUCCUGGAUCACUCGAACUCUUUCCUAAUACAUUCUUCUGAAUACUGACCACUGAUUUGCUUUUGGGUUUUCUCAACGAGAAGCGUUUAGAGGAAAUUACUCUAAAAAUGUUCAAGUUUAAUUUUUUUCUUGAUAUUUGUAUGUUCCGUAUUCGUUUUUCAAUAAAUAUUUGUAGUAAAUCCUAA